GCGAUGUAGCUCCUCCCUCUUUUGGAUUGUUUGCGCGGAUCCACCAAUGAAUGGAGGGAAGGAGUGGUCUCUCUUAGACGGCGAAUGGUUUGUUUCUUUCAACUAUUCGUUUUGGCCUAGAUUUGAAAGCGAAUGCCACCUCUAGGUUUGUUUCAAUAGUAUCUCAUAGAUUCGAUUGAAACACAAUGAAAUCGAUUGGUCUCAUUUUACAUGCUUGGUGGUGUUUGUUUCUGAUUUAUCCAAAGGGUGUUAUUAAUUCCGAUUAUUGCGGCCGAGUGCCGGAAGAAAUGGAACAAAUGGGAGAGGAAUACUACGAUUCGUAUUAUGAAUAUGACAGAGAUGAGGAAAUUCAAAAUGUUGAGGUUUUGAAGACGCCAAAGAUUAAUGAAGGUUUGAGGAUUGUUGGCGGUCGAGAGGUCAAGCAAAUCAUUCCCUGGUUUGCCCUUUUACUGAUUGACACCAAAAAUCGGACAGAACUUGGUCGGCGAUGUGGAGGCGUUCUAAUAACCAGAAAGCUCAUCCUAUCUGCAGGGCACUGCUAUUGUUUCGAAAGCACGUGGGAGACUUGUGAAACCAAGCAGAUCUCGGAAGACUUCUGGGUCCUUGUACCAUCUGAAAGUCGUAAUUUGGAUGUCUUGGCCGGGCUAAGCAUUCAAUCUGAAUCGGAUUUGGAUCGAAUCCCCGUCGAUGAACGGUACGAGCGGCAUUUACUCCAAGUUCAUUCUGUCUUUGUUCACGGUCAAUUUCGUCGCCAUGGAACCCACGAUUUGGCGUUGUUGAAAUUGUCGCAGUCAUUACCCAUGGACAUGUGGAGUGCUCCGGUCUGUCUUCCUUGGGGAUAUAGCUUUCCGGAUCGAAAAAUCAAGAGGGGACGACAUUUAAUGGGCAUUGUGAUUGGUAUGGGACGGAGUCGACAGCAUCAGACAUCUUGUACUACUUUAGGUGGAUCGCCCACACCGUACACUCAAUGUCAAUUCCCAUAUCUCAUUCCUCGGAGUACUGGAUCGCCAAGUCCUAGUCAGGGUUGCUCUUACGGAAUCCCGACGCCCAGCUCCUUGAAUCCCGUUUGUGUUGAAUUUCAUGAUCGUUUCAAAUCAAGAUUGGAACCUUACUAUCAAGUGGUUCUGCAGUGGUCCAAUGGAUCUAAUGAGACCUGCUAUGAUAACCGCGCCCAUUCCGGAUGGUGUGGAACUUGUAGCAUUGGUGCCAAACCGGACAUGCCAGGAUUUUGUCGGCAUCUUAAUCCCGAAAUGAAUAAAGCACACACAUCGGACAGCAGUCAAAAACGAAGAACAUAUUUCAGUGAUGCCGAAAAAAUGGUGAUGCCAAACGCAGAUCGCGAUUGGGGUUGGUGCGGUGAUGACUGCUUUUCCUUCGGGGGUUUUACCCCAUCAAACUACCUCCAAAAAGUUGAACUUGAGAUUCUAUCAUCGAGGAAUUGUGAUCGUUUGGCACGUGACCCGAAAUUCAAUUCCACGCUUGAGUUGUGCGCGGGAAAGAAGAUCCGUGUGAGGACUCCCAAAAUAUUCGAGGUUAGCCCUAAUCAGUCUCAAUCACCGUUGAUAUCAGGCACGCCACAAGCUUUUCACUUUGAAUUCAUUGGUUUGGAUAAGGACAGAGAAAAAAGUGGUCGUGACGACAAUGGGACUGGUUGGAUAUUGGGUGGGAAAGACACUUGCCAGGGUGAUUCCGGCGGACCCAUGUGGAUCAAUAUGGAUAAUAAUGGCACAAGUGGACGGAGAUCCUAUUUGAUUGGAAUUGUGAGCAGAGGAUUAGGUUGCGCUCAAUUGAAUCAACCGGGAAUCUACACUCGAGUCAAAACAUUUCUGCCCUGGAUAAAUAAACUGGCAAAGUACCUUUGAAAAUGGGACAACAAAAAUAUUAUCACUAGUUAAUUAACUAUUAACAGGUGUAGUAGAAUCCAAUAUUCUAUUGAGGAUACGUUCGGGUUAUAUUAAUAUUGGUAUACAUAUCUAAAACCUAUACGCAUUUCUACCUU